AUGGUGCCCGCUGUCGUCGUCGUGCUUAUCUCGACCGCAGGGUGCGUCGUGGUGCUCGGCGCUGUAGUCUCCUUGUACACGACUUACGCAGGACCUACAUACGGGGAACCAGGAGCACGCGCCAUCACCAACGAAGCCCGCACUAAGUUCAACAUGUCCAGCUUAAAGGACACGUCGUGCCAAUCCCAGUUCUGUCACUGGAACAAGAACUACAUACUGGGCGUCGCGGACGACACGAAGGACCCGUGCGACGACUUUUACGCUCACGUGUGCAAUCCCCGGCACUGGUAUCUCACAGGCAGCUCGAACGCAUCCAGACCGUACCCAGAUUUCAGCACGGCGCAGCUCUUGGAGGACACAGAAAAUUUCUUCCGUUACUUCGUCGAGCUCCGAGGCAGGCCGACAGGCGACAACUUUCUGGUACGCAUGAUGUGGGUUUACGAUGCCUGCAAAAGGGACACGGGUGCAAAACUGAAUGCCUCCGCCGAACUCGUCGAUAUCCUUAACGCUUCGGGUUUGUCUGUAGCUGUGGGACUUGACAGCGCGACUGCGGGAAGCAUUGCGCGAAUCAUAGCCACUGGAGACAAGCAUCUCAGGCUCCAUCCAUUGUUCAAGGUUCACGUGUUGGGUGCAGGACCACUAAAGGCUACAGGCGACUGCAACCUUGUACUUUCGGCGCCGGAGACACCCUACCGUCGCUUCGUCACGAGAUUCCCAGGAACCACCGAUUCCCAGUACGUCGAUUUAGUCGCCAGAGCCCUGAAUCUGUACUCCGCAACGCCGACUGAUACCGUGGCCAGACAAAUUAUGCUGCUGGAGAAGCGACUGGAAAGAAUUGUGCUGGCCUCGGAAGAGGAGAUGAUGAUGCCCCCUCGAGAGAAGUACGUGCCACUCGAACAUUUGUAUCUCUCAGAAAGAUGGGACUGGUCAGUAUAUUUUAACACCCUCUUCGAGAACACCGGUGAAAGCGUGAGCAACGAUACUGAAGUGUUUGUAAACGAUCCUGUAUAUUUCCGGAACCUCGGUAUGGUAAUAACGGCACAGUGGGAGCCAAUCAUCGUGAACUACAUGAUGUUUAAAGCCAUCCUAGAGCUCGCCCCAGUGUUGGGGAAAGAAACGGAAUACCUCGUUAGACUUACACACGAAUACGAUGUACCCUACCUGGGCGAGCGGCAGGUAUCUUGUUUCGGCAUCCUGGAGAAACUCUUCAAGUACGGCACUGGAAUCGCGGCGAAGCUAACGCUAGGGAAGGAGUUCGCUACCACGCCACGGCUCCACAUAGACGACCAGCUGUUGUCUUUAUUCAGCGUGUCCCGCCAACUGAUCGCAGACUUGGUCGACGCGGGACGUUCGUGGCUGAGCUCAGAGGACAAGGCGACGGCGUUGCGCAAGCUGCGCACCAUGCGUUUCGAGUUCGGCACUCAAUGUAACCUCGUCGAGUACGAGUUGUACACGCGAGCAUUAGACGCUGAUCAUGACGCGCACGUCCCGCCUCCAUCGGUCAUUCAGAACGCCGGAAUAGGAGGCACGCUUCGCCGCUGGAACCAGUAUUCGCUACCGCGCGUCGUAUUCGACCUUUAUUCCUUUGUCGCGAAGAGGUAUUGGUCUGCCUGGCGCAGCAACACUUUGCGUGCCUACGACAACCGAUACGUUGUGACAACCUUCCGACCGGGCUACGAGCUUCAGCAUACAGGCAAUCUGCUCGUACUCCCACACGCUACAGUAGCGUUCCUCAGCCAUCUCACUAACGUCAUCGACCCUCUCGUGUACGGUGUAGUGGCCGUGCAUGUUGUUAGGGGACUACUAGGAGCUCUUACCACGAGUGGAUCUUCCCUGGACGCCGACUUCCUGUCUCGCUCUUGGUGGAGUAUCGCGACCAUAGACGCGUACGAAAACAUCAGCGCCUGUUUGGAGUCUCAGUACCAGCCGCGCUUGGCUGAAGGCACUCGUAUGCGUACGCUAGAGAUGGACUUUAUUGACAACGCCAUCCUGUACCCGCUGUUCCGUCUUUAUAGACACGAAGCGAGUAUCCGCAGCAAAGUGAACGUGACUAACCUUACCGAGAGCCGAGCUGCAGGGGAGCAAUCUGACAACGACCAGAUGUUUUUCUAUAAUUUUGCCAUCGCGCUGUGCGACCUGAGCGACGAAGAGUUGUGGCAACAGCAAAAACUGUUUCACAUAACCCCGGCCCCGUGGCGCGUGAACGUGCCACUUACGAACUUUCCCGAUUUCGCAAAGGCUUUCAAGUGCAGGCUUGGUUCUAGAAUGAAUCCCGAUCGGCGCUGCGUGGUAUGGAAAGACAAAGGCGUGUUGGAAACAGUGAUGGAUACGUACGUUCGACAUGGAAUCGUUGGCUAUAAUUAA